AUGAACACACUUUAUGCAGCUCAUUUGAAAACUCUGAUCACAAGUCAUCCCUCACUCCCACAAAUAAUGACAUUCGAUGACUUACGAAAAACGAAUGUAAAAAUUUUAGCUGACAAAACUGAAAUAAACAUAGUAGAUAAUAAUAUUGGAGUACAACAGCUAAAUAAAAUACGUGAUUUACUAGAUAUAACGGAUACAAUAAUGUUUCAGAAACAACGCCAGAUUCUAAAUACGUCUCAUGCUUAUCCAGUAUCAACAUCAAUGUGGUCCGUUACCGAACUACAGCAACGUUUCUUUGGUCGAAAAAUAUUUCAUGCUCCAAAAGCAAUGGUUAUCCUAGAGAUGGUACAUUUGGGUAUACCACUUCAGGAAAACUCGAUACUUAAAGAAUCUCUUGAUCGCUAUAUAAUGUUUGUACAUGCUGCAGGACUCUUGCAACAUUGGUAUAUAAGUACAUUUAAGGAUAUGCUGUCAGCGGGCAAAAUUUCGCGGGCCAAUAUAAGAAACGAUGAUCUAUUUCGUAGUUUAAGAAUCAAGGAUUUAAAAUGGAUUUGGAUUUUUAUUAGUUGUGGUUACAUUUUAAGCACAAUCGCAUUUUUAAUAGAGAUGUUCAUUAACUUCGUUAAAUGGAAGCAUUGUACAAAAUUAACUUUCUAA